AUGACUGAGCACCCCCCAGAGACCCGUCCGGCCGUCGGAUACGCCGUUUGGACCCCACCUGUGCCGUCCCAAGCGUCGCCCGGCCCCGCCCAGGAGCCCGUCCGGGAGCCCGAUGGCCUGAACAUUAACCACCAUGCUGACCAGUCGCUGAACAGUUUCUGCCAGUGGCAGUCUUCGCUGGACAUCAUCAACGGCACGCGUCACGACCACGCCAUCCUGCUCACUGGGCUCGACAUCUGCUCAUGGAAAAACGCGCCAUGCGACACCCUGGGUUUUGCCCCGAUCAGUGGGAUGUGCAGUAAGUACCGCAGCUGUACCAUCAACGAGGACUCAGGACUGGGACUGGCCUUCACCAUCGCACACGAGUCUGGACACAAUUUCGGUAUGGUGCAUGAUGGAGAGGGGAACGUGUGCAGCAAGCGUGACGGGAACAUCAUGUCCCCAACUCUGCAGGGGGUCAACGGCAUGUUCUCCUGGUCUUCCUGCAGCAGGGACUACCUACGCAAGUUCCUAGUAACUGCCCAGUCCACCUGUCUGGACGACCCUCCCAAGGCCGUUGCUGAGUUCAAGUUUCCGGAGAAGCUGCCCGGAGAGUUGUACAACGCUGACCUGCAGUGCAAGUGGCAGUUUGGGAACAGUGCGCAGCUCUGUAUGUUUGACUUUGGGAAGUCCCUUUCGGUACAGGACAUCUGUAAGGGACUGUGGUGCCACCGCGGAGGGCGGCGCUGUGAGACCAAGUUUCUACCCGCUGCUGAGGGCACGUCCUGCGGGCCCAACAAGAAAAGAAACUCGCUAAGGGAGCUCACGGGAAGAAAGACAGAAGACACGGUUGAAGGAGAUGAAAAGAGAAGAAGGAGAAGACUAAAACAGUAA